GACAGUGCAGUUAGAUUAACACGAAUUUAAGCUUUCUGCCAAUAUCAGAUAUGUCUAUGUCCUGGGAAUUGUUCUUGUUACGUGGACGGAACACCGAUCCUGAAUUAAUAUAUUCAAAAGCCCUUGCUUGUAUAGUGUCUUGUGCAUCAAUUCAGUUCAUCUUCACAGCCUGCGGAAUAUUUAAUCCUUAAAUAAGACAAUGGUGAACAAAGAGAGAAUAAUUAAAUGUCUCUUCUUCAUCCCUUUUCAAACAUUCACUGAUUAAUUAAGUGUUUAACCUUAGAUGAAUAAUAGCCUGGAUUCUGCUGCUUUAAUUUCACUCUGUUUUCGUGACAAUAAAAUAGAGUAUGCUUGACCUUUGAACAUAAUGGAUUAUUGACAGUAUUCCAAAACACAGAUCCAGAACGUCUUAAAAGCCACUAGUGCCUUUGCAUAAAUAUUUUCAUUGAUGGAUAGUGAUAAGAUCACUCCACGUCGCAGUCCCUCUCUUCUAAAAGUGUAGGCUACAUAUCCUAGCUACCGCCCUCCAUUUAACCGCCCUCCAACUCUUUAUUGCUCUGCGCAUCCUAGCCAAGCGCGCGAGUCCGAAAGCAAUUCAAGAUGAUGUCAAUGGAGAGGCACACCCUCGUUCCGAAUCCAGAGACAGAGCGAGAGAGCGCGCAGUGUAAGCGCACAGCUGCGUGUGGUGAAGUUUAGUAUACCUCAGAAAUCCUCGCCUACUUCGCUAGAUUAAAAAAAAAAGAUUGGUGUGGGGGAAUAAACCUGUCUCACUGCGCACGCACGGCACCAACAUUGUCCAAUGACUGAAUCUUGCGCAUCUACUGAUGACCAUUACUUGAAAUUGUUUGGCACAAUGCGGUGUUGUAUUUAACGUUCGCCUUUUUUGUUGUUUUUAGUCUGCCUGUGCUCUUGGAUCUUUUUGGAGAUGUCUGAGUUUAACCACUCAAAUCUAUCAGGCGGAAACGCUCCGGACCCGGACUACAAGUGGACGUAUGAAUAUUACGACGAUGAUGAGCCUGUUUCGUUCGAGGGACUCAAAGCGCACCGAUACUCCAUCGUGAUAGGCUUCUGGGUGGGCCUGGCUGUCUUUGUCAUAUUCAUGUUCUUUGUCCUGACGCUUCUCACCAAGACAGGAGCUCCACAUCCAGAAGGAGCUGAGCCCUGUAAGAAGCGUGUUCGUCUGACCAGCUGUGUGGAGGACCUCCGCCCCCCUGCAGACCCUGACAACCGGCCCUGCCUCCAACUGGACUCCUCUCUCAGCCGCUCCCUCUUCCACUGCUACAUCAAUGAGGAACAGGCCCAGGRGGGGUCCAGGCCUAGAGCUGGGGCACGAGUUGUGGGAGCACCCAGAGGAGGGCUUGUCCAGGGGCCGGGGCGAGGCAGGUCAGGCAGCCCAGAGGAGGGGGUGGUGGUGGGGAUGGAAGUAGGUGUCAGCCGUGCCCUGCAAGGGGCUGCCAUGUUGGGGGGGAACCGGACUGACCACAGAGAGGCAAUGUCCCUGUCCCACUUCAACAUCCCUAACGUUGUGAACUCCGAGCACUGCUCCGCCCUGGGGGCGGACGAUCUGCUGCUGGGGGAGCCGCCAAUCAUCAUGGAGGGGGUGUGUCAUUGGCCCCACAGUGCACAUCACAUGAUGGACUAAGGUCCUCUCUACUUCCUGGGGUGCCGCCAAUCAUCCUGGAGGGGUAGUGUCGUUCCCAUGGGGUCCUUCACACGAUUGACUGGGGGAACCAUCAAUCAUCCUAGAGGGGCGGUGUCAUCGGCCACUUAGUGCCCUUCAGAAGACGGACUGUCCUGCCCAUCACACAAUAGACUAGGGUCCUGCUUACUUCCCACACCCACCUCCGUUAAGACAUUAUAGAUAAUUAUGAGGACAUCACAGGACUCCUCAGCCUUAUAUAGAGAGAGUUGUGUCAAGGUCCUAAUCUAACAUUCUGUGUUGUGCCAGUCAUGUACAGUGCAAGCUCUCCUAAUUAGGCUGUGGUUCCAGAUUCUCACACCACCUUCAUUGUGAGGACAUUCUAGAUUAUUAUGGAUCCUCCUACAGUAACUGUACCUCCUGACAUUUUCAUUCUGUUCAGAUUUGGUUCAGGCUAAAAUACUGUACAGUCAAAAUAUAUAAACGUUAAUUAACAAUAGAUUUAAAUAUACAUAUGUGACAUGAGCUACUUUUCUAAUCUUUAUGUCAACAAGGUUGCCUACGCAGAGCCAGAACUUGUGACGUCACAUCUCAACGCUAAACUGGAAGUCCAGCUUCAUCAAGUUGAUUCGAAUGUUUUUAUUUAUUUAACUAGGCAAGUCAGUUAAGAACAAAUUCUAAUUUACAAUGACGACCUACCACAGCC